AUGGCCGAAGCUCAUCCUCUGCAAGACGAGCACGAGCACAUCUCAUACGGUUCAACACCGGCAAAGGCGACACGAGCAUGGGACAACACGGUCUGGAUGGCUUUGUUCGUGCCUGUUUUCCUGGAGGGUGCCGGGGAUUCCUUGUCCGGAUUGGUGCUUCCAGAUAUGGCUGUAGUGAAUUUCGCCGGCCUCGACAUUUGCGCUAUGGGUCAGUCGGAUGCCUGUGACAAGGCCAUAACGGCCACCACCGCGGCUGCUCGGUGA